UAGCCGGAGAGGACAAGGGCAGGAGGCACCAUGAGUGGGGGCCCUGUGGGAGGCAGGUCUGGUGGUCGCGGAGGACCAGGGGUUCAGCAGAACAUACCCUCCACACUCCUCCAGGACCACGAGAACCAGCGACUCUUCGAGAUGCUGGGUCGGAAAUGCUGGACACUGGCCACCGCUGUUGUUCAGCUGUACCUGGCACUGCCUCCUGGAGCUGAGCACUGGACCAAGGAGCAUUGUGGGGCUGUGUGCUUCGUGAAGGAUAACCCCCAGAAGUCCUAUUUCAUCCGUCUUUAUGGCCUUCAGGCUGGCCGGCUGCUCUGGGAACAGGAGCUGUACUCACAGUUGGUCUAUUCCACUCCUACCCCCUUCUUCCACACCUUUGCUGGAGAUGACUGCCAAGCAGGGCUGAACUUUGCAGACGAGGGCGAGGCCCAGGCCUUCCGAGCCCUGGUGCAGGAGAAGAUACAAAAAAGGAAUCAGAGGCAAAGUGGAGACAGACGCCAGCUACCCUCACCCCCAGCACCAGUCAGUGAAGAGAGAAGAGGAGGGCCCCCACCCUUGCCCCCACACCCAGCCGGAGACCAAGGGGGCCCAGCAACUGGCCCACUGUCCCUGGGGCUAGUAACAGUGGACAUCCAGAACCCGGACAUCACGAGUUCACGGUACCGUGGGCUCCCAGCACUUGGGCCUGGCCCAGCUGAUAAGAAACGCUCAGGGAAGAAGAAGAUCAGCAAGGCUGAUAUUGGGGCACCUAGUGGAUUCAAACAUGUCAGCCACGUGGGGUGGGACCCCCAGAAUGGAUUUGACGUAAACAACCUGGACCCGGAUCUGCGGAGACUGUUCUCCAGGGCAGGAAUCAGUGAGGCCCAGCUCACAGAUGCCGAGACCUCUAAACUUAUCUAUGACUUCAUUGAGGACCAGGGUGGGCUGGAGGCUGUGCGGCAAGAGAUGAGGCGCCAGGAGCCGCUUCCACCACCCCCACCACCAUCCAGAGGAGGAAACCAGGCUCCCCGGCCCCCUACUAUAGGGAGCAACAAGGGUCGUUCUGGUCCACUGCCCCCUGUUCCUUUGGGAAAUGCUCCACCCCCACCAACUCCCCGGGGACCCCCACCCUCAGGCCGAGGGGGCCCUCCACCACCACCCCCGCCAGCCACUGGACGUUCUGGACCACUGCCCCCUCCACCCCCUGGAGCUGGAGGGCCUCCUGUGCCUCCACCACCACCACCACCACCACCACCACCACCACCACCCAGCUCUGGGGAGGGGCCAGUCCCUCCCCCUCCUCCUGCUCUGGGGCCUUCUGUGGGACCGACUCCUGGUGGAGGUCGGGGGGCGCUUUUGGAUCAAAUCCGGCAGGGAAUUCAGCUUAACAAGACCCCUGGGGCCCCAGAGAGCUCAGCACUGCAGCCUCCACCUCAGAGCUCAGAAGGGUUGGUGGGAGCCCUGAUGCACGUGAUGCAGAAGAGAAGCAGAGCCAUCCACUCCUCAGAUGAAGGGGAGGACCAGGCCGGCGACGAGGAUGACGACGAUGAAUGGGAUGAUUGAGUCACCUUCCGCACCUGUUCUGAGCCUCCUCCCCUCCCCUGGCAGCUGCUGCUUGCUGUCCUCCACUCCUGGCCUCCAGGCCCUCAGGUCCCGUUUCUUCCCCACCAACCCUUCCAAUGCAGUUAUCUCUGACUGGUCCCCAAACAUUCACCCUAGCAGUAGCCAGGGCCCCUUUUUAUACAGAAUUUCUCAGUGCUUCUCACAUAAUGAGUUUUAAACCAAAAUAAAAUA